AUGUCAGACCUUUCCAAGUUUGUUCAACGAAGGAACCCUAAGGUUGUCGUUGAUCACGAUUUAACCUCAAAUUCAACAGGGUCAAGUAUCGAGCGGUUUAAAUUUUGGUGGGAGGUCCCGCCAGAUUUGAAUAGCUUCUGGGAGUAUCACUUCUACGAGGCUCUCUGGACGUACUCUCCGCCAAUUCUAAUCAUUGCUGGUACCAUUCUAAAUGCUUUAACUGUCAUUGUUCUACUAAAAAGAAAAUUUGGUAAAUCUUCAACAAGAAUCCUACUCAUCGUCCUCGCUUUCGUAGACACCGGGGUUCUCUGGACGGCGCUACUGGGAUAUUGGAUAAGGUAUGCCUUUGACGUGGAGGUUCGAAUCUUGUCAGAAUUAUCGUGUCCACUUAACUUUUUCUUCACCUAUUUCUUUCUCCAAUUAGCGAGUUGGAGCAUCACGCUGUUGACCAUAGAGAGAUGGAUCUCAGUUAUUUUCCCCCUAAAGGCCAAGUUGAUAUGCACUGGUAAACGGACGGCUAUAAUCCUGAUUCUAGUGGUAAUCCUUCUCCUUUGUCUCAACGCUCACAUGCUUUUCUUGUUCGGAAUAAGAGACGGCGAAUGUUUGCCGAUGGCAGCUCCCUAUAUUUAUUUCUGGAAAUAUGUUUGGACGUACAUAGACCUAUUGGCAAAGGCCUGCAUUCCGUUCCUCGUCAUCACUGUGUGCAACUGUUCCAUUCUAUACAAAGUCAUCCGAAGUCAUAACACGAGAAAGAAACUCCCGAACCUAGAGAAGAGUUCGGAUGGUCAGACAGCGCAUGCGCAGAUGACGAGCAUGACGUACAUGUUGACUACUGUCAGUGUGAUGUUUAUUUUCCUUACGUUACCGGCAUGCAUUUAUUAUAUACUCAUACUCAAAUUAACCUUGAUUUCUUCUUGGCACAGUUUAGUAAAACUAAUUUUUAUUCACGCGUUCACCAACUUUAUCCAGUAUAUCAAUAAUUCAAUCAACUUUCUGCUAUACUGCGUCAGCGGGAAGCAAUUUCGAACCGAGUUAUACCAGAUGUUCAAAGGUACGCCGUCACGCGCCCCCAGUGCUGCGAUUCGAAAUAAGUGA